CUCGCAGCUCAGGACCACUCGCCAUGCCCGCCAGGUACCUCUUCAAUCAGCUGUAUCCCCUCAGUCUCCGACGAAGCUGACUCAUCGCUAUGAAGUCUACCGUGGGAAUAGCUUCAUCGGUUUUGGCAGCCGCCUGUGCUUCUGCACAAGGUGUGCCCACCUACGUCAACCCUGCAGUGCCAACCGGGACACCGAUUCCGGGCAACUACACUGGCCCCCUCAGACCUCAGGUUCACUUUUCACCCCCGGAACAUUUUAUGAACGACCCUAAUGGCAUGUUUGUCGAUGCAAACGGCACAUAUCAUCUGUACUACCAGUACAAUCCGACAGGCAUCGUCGCAGGCAACCAACAUUGGGGCCAUGCCACAAGCCGGGAUCUUUACCGCUGGGAGAAUCAACAGAUUGCUCUCUUUCCUCCUGAAGAGCGUGUCUAUGUGUUCUCGGGGUCCGCCGUCGUGGAUGUAAACAACACAUCCGGAUUCUUCCCAGACCAGGACAACGGCGUGGUUGCCAUCUUCACACUGGCACGGUAUUACGAGGACGGAUCCGCUGGACCCCAGAUUCAGGCCAUCGCCUACUCUCACGACGGCGGCUACACGUUUGAGUACUACGACGGGAACCCCGUUAUCAACAGCACGAGUACUCAGUUCCGUGACCCCAAGGUCAUUUGGUACGAGGAUCAUUGGGUCGCGGUCAUCGCCUACUCGCAGGAGUUCACCGUCGGGAUUUUCACCAGCCCUGACCUGAAGACAUGGGAACACACCUCCAAUUUCUCCUACCACGGCCUCCUUGGCGCACAGUAUGAGUGCCCCAACAUGGUCAAGAUGCCCGUCCGCGACAGCAUCGGCGGCGAGGUGGUGGACGAGACCUAUGUCAUGACCAUCUCGCUGCAGCCCGGCGCGCCACUUGGCGGGUCAGUGACGCAGUACUUCCCCGGUUCUUUCAAUGGGACACACUUUGAGACACUUGACGAUGCCACGCGCCUGACCGACUUCGCGAAGGACAACUACGCCGCCCAGUUUUUCUACGGUCUGCCGGAUGGGAGCAACGCCAUCAACAUGGGAUGGGCAUCCAACUGGCAGUACACGCAGCAGGUUCCGACUGGAAACCUCGAGGGGUGGCGUAGCGCAAUGACUCUACCCAGGGCUAACUACCUCACCAAAGCGCCCCGGAUCGGCUGGGUGGUCGCCAACGAGCUGGUUGAUCCGAGCCCUGUCCUCGACACACCACUGAACACGACCACGUUUGAGGGUAUCGGUUCGGUCGAGGUCGACUUCGCCUCCGUCACGUCAAAUGCUCUCUAUAUCGAGGCUAACGUGACCGGCCUGGACUCGACCACCAUCACCGGUUCCUCCACACUGAACAUGACCUUCACCUCGCCUUCCUCCGACGAGGCAUUGAGCUCGGGAUACUACUUUGGCGGUGACCAGCCGUUCUUCGUUGACCGCGGCCAGUUGGCAGGGUUUGAUAACAUAUUCUUCACGGACAAAUUUUCUGUUGCCGACGUAUGGAACACGUCUUCUGGAACUUGGCGACUGCAGGCAGUCAUAGACAGAUCCGUUUUGGAAGUUUUCCUGGACGGUGGUGUCCAUGCAGCUACUGUUCUCUUCUACCCCGAGGAACCCCUGACACAUUUGACGCUCGGAACAGCCAGUUUACCCGCUGGGGUAGAAGUAAGCGUCGCCGUUUGGGCCCUGAAGAGUGCCUGGGCUGAGUAUGAGAACGAGCAAGGCAUCGUAGUCGGCAAUACGACGGAUACUGCCAGCUCAGCGAGGAGAGACAUGGUCUACAAGGCUACAUGGCAUACAUGAGGUCACGAAUCUGAUGAUUAGUAGUAUUCAACUUCACUUUUCCUACAUAUCACAAUGUUAAAUUUUAUAAAAGA